ACGUGAACAAUGUCCUGUGUGUGGGAAUGUGAACGCUGUGGCCUAAAGGUUCCAACGGACAACGUUGGUCAGAUCCGUUGAGGGCUAAGAAGCAGUCAGACCAGACCGCUUUCAGUGGGCAGGAGCGUGGUGUUCAGAGACUAUUUGUACUACUUGUACCUACCAAUAUUACUACUUGCCAAAAGCUGGUUGGAAGACUGUUCUAAGUGGUUGGACUGUCCCUGAGAAAAGAAUAUGGAUUCUGAAAGCAUGGAUUCUGAAAAUACAGAAACUGAAAAUAUGGAAACUGAAAAUACUGAACCUGAAAACAUGGAAGUUGAAACUGUUUCUUCAGUUUCUGCUCUACAAGCCCUUUCUAAGCUGCUUUAUCCUGAAGAGGAGGAUUUUGAGUUCGGACAGCCAAACUGUUCAUCUGCCAUCGGAGCAAUGGGUCCUGGCAAUAUUGGGCCGCCAAAAACAGAAAUGCUCAAAGUCAUCCCUCAAACAAGUGAUGGAAAUAGAGAGAACAUCUGGAAUGCCAAUGAGGUUCCAGAAGGGGCAGAGCAUGGUGACAUGUGGGAUGCUAGAGAAAUACCAGAAUACGAGAUUGUAUUCAAACAGCAUGUGGGAACUGAAGAUAUAUUCCUAGGAUUAUCAAGGAAAGACACAUCAACAGCAUGUUGUGAAGAUCUAGUGGUUAAAAUUAAGCUGCCAAAUACAAACCCUUCUGAAAUUAAAAUUGAUAUCCAGGAGACGAUCCUUGACCUUCGUACUCCAAAUAAGAAGCUGAUGGUAACCCUUCCCCAUCCUGUGGAAUGCAACAAUGCCAAAGCUUUCUACAUUCGAGAGACUGAGACUCUUGAAGUUACCAUGACUAUGAAAAGAGAAUUGGAUUUUGUGAAUUUCUUCUGAAAUUCAUUGAAUAAGGAGGGAAAGUGGUAGAAUAGCAUGGAUAAAAAUAAAAGCAUAAAA